GCACUGGUAGGAUAAAUGUUUGCCACAACUAUUGGCAAUAGUUAUGGAGUGUUGUGUUUCAAGUGUAUGACUGACUGGUGUAAUAAGCACUGGUAUAUACAGUGAGAGAGCCAUUGCCAGCACUUGUCAUAAGCAUUGGCUGCCAAUAGACUUAAUAUACACACAAAGUAAGAGACAAUACAGUGAACACUGUUUGCAGAAAUCAAUGCAUUUGUCGGACACAACAAUCCUAUAGUGUGUGUACUACUAAACAGUACCUAAAAAAUAAUAAUAUAAACCAAUAGUGCCUUCAAAUGUUACAAUUAAAUGACAACAAGUGAUGACCACAACAAGUGUGUGCUAACAGUGCUUUUAAUAGUAAUCAGUGGCCUUACAUAUGUGUGAUAGACAUCAUCGACAAUAGGAGUGACACAACAGCAUCAACAACAACAACACAUACUUGUGCGCCAUGGAUGACAUGGAUAAGCGUGUUGUGCAGGAAAGGGAUCACACGGAGCACAGGCAACACUUGGUUCGGCUAAUUAAUGAGUGGAACGCCAACCGAGUCGACCUGUUUUCCAUAUCGGAGCCCAACGAUGCUCUUGAAUUUCACGGUGUGAUGCGCUACUACUUCCAGGACGCGGGCGCCAAAGUGGCCACCAAAUGUAUACGCGUAGCGUCCACUGCCACCUCCCGUGAUGUGAUCAACAUACUUAUAGAAAAAUUUCGGCCCGACAUCCGAAUGUUGUCGGUUCCCGAAUACGGUCUCUACGAAGUGCACGAAAACGGCGACGAACGCAAACUAGCCGAAGAAGAGCUGCCACUACUCGUGCAACUCAAUUGGCAUCGCGAUGACCGCGAAGGCCGCUUUCUGUUGCGCCGUAUGAACGACCGAACCUGUUUGCCCGGCAUCGGCAGUGCCGGCGACGAGAAUAAGUUUAAACGAAAACUAUCGAAACGCGAGAAAAAGGAGCAAAAGAAACGCGAGAAACAGCUUAAGGCCAAAGGCGGGGAUAAUAAAGACGGCGAUAAUAAGGACUCAUUAGCCGAAAAACUUUACACCGAAAUGCCUGAGACGAGCUUUACCCGCAGUAUUAGUAAUCCCGAAGCCGUUAUGAGACGACGCAGACAACAAAAACUCGAGAAGAAGUUACAACAAUACAGUCAAGAAGGAGGUGUCGAAGCAGGCGGCACUUUAAGGAUAUUCGGUGAGUCCAUAAACCCGGACGUGCCAUACAAAACAAUAUUGUUGUCCGAUCGCGACACCGCUUCACACGCCGUCAAAGAGAUAUUGGAAAAGUACGGCAAAGAAAAAGAAGAUCCAAACGUUUACUGUUUGGUUCAGCUAAUUGUUCCCGUAUCUAACGGUGACGUUAACUCGAUUGCCGAUUUGCACAAUUCGGCCGGUAUUCGGGAGUAUAUAUUGGAUGACGACGACUGUCCACUAUCUAUUGAAAAGGCGCACAACAAGGCCAGAGGUGUCCUAACGUUUCACAUACGCCGGCGACCAGCCGACUAUCAGCCGCGUAAGAAAAAGAAGAAACCAAAACAAAUCAAAGGCGAAAUGGAGGCCGGAUUUACCAAAUAUGAUGAGUCGCUCGAAAAGCUACCCUAUCUGGUAGAGACCAAUCCCGAUGGCAGUGAAAUUACCAAAGGAAUGCCUAAAAAACACUACUUAUACGUCAAUAUGACUGAAGUGGGCAGCGAAAGGUCCAGUUCGACAAACCACGUUCCGUCACAGUGUCUACAACUGUAUGGACCCAAUGUCCAGGCAAGACAUUGUGUUAUUGCUCACACCGAAGGCAUUGUUACCGUUACGCCCAGCAGUAGAGAUGCCGAGACUUAUGUAAACGGCAUCAGAAUUUACGAGACAACUAUCUUAAGACACGGUAUGCUCGUCAGAUUUGGAAAAAUACAUACAUUUAAGUUUAUUGAUCCGCUUGAGGAUCAAUCUAGACAAUUGUCACCAUCUCUCAUGAGAGGUACCGUUCAUGGAAGUCUUAGAAAGAUGCCCGAAGACAUUAGAUUAGCGGCACCGCAUUCGCGCGGCAGCUAUGAAACCACUUUUGACGCCGACGGUAACGUCGAGACCACUUCGUUGACAUCGAGAGACGAAAGACUAUCGAAAAAAUCUGAUGAACCGAUUGGCGCUAUGAAUGGACGACCAAUGAUGGGAAACGGGGUCGUCAUCGGUGGAGAUAGUAGUCAACAAUCAUUGACCAACAGUGUUAGUACUAUGCGAAAAGGUACUGAUCCUAUAUUGCCAGCCAUACUGGAGCUCUGGCAGGAACGUGAGGACGCAUUCCUUAAUCAAAUUAUAAAUCUUAUUGAUCCCAAUGGAGUGCAAUUCAAACUGUCCGUCACCUAUACAAUUUACAUGGCUUUCCGGUUCAGAGCGUCGACACAUUUUAAGCCCGAAAUAACACCAGAAGAAAGAGCUCAUCGGUUGACAUCAUUUGCUAAUAAAGUGGCGAAUCUUAUUCAUCGCGUGAUUGAAGAUCGUUAUCACGAGCCAUCACACCUGGCCUUUUGGUUGGCCAACUCAUCCGAGUUGUUGCACUUUCUCAAACAGGACAAACACUUGAGUGCUUUUACUUUUGAUGCACAGGACAUACUGGCCGAAGCUGUUCAGUUUGCUUUCCGGAGUCUAGUUAUAUGCGAACACUCGGAACUGCAGACAGCACUUCCAGCCAUACUCGAAGAUUGUGAUGACAGUGUCGACGACAAUGUAACAGUAACCACAUCUAAGCUACUUAUCAUACUGUCCAAUGCCAUGGGUUUACUUCGCCGGUGUCGAGUGAAUGCCGCUCUAACUAUACAACUAUUUUCGCAACUUUUUCAUUACAUCAAUAUGUGGUUGUUUAACAAAGUUAUCGGUUGUACCGACUCUACUGUCAACUACUGUACCCGUGUUUGGGCGCAACGAAUUCGCAAACGACUUAUUCAAAUGCGUGUAUGGGCUGAAAAACAGGGCCUCGAAUUGGCCGCCGAUUGUCAUCUUAACUGUAUUGUCCAAACGGCACAUUUACUUCAAUCACCCAAAAGUAAUCCCGAAGAUAUCACUGCGAUAUCUGAGAAGUGCUCUAAAUUGAAUUCAUUACAAAUGCGGCAAAUUCUUGAACGCUAUGAACCAUCUGCUAAUGAACCCCCAAUUCCUCGGGAAAUGAUUGAGGCAUUGGUUAAAGUGGCUGAAGUGGCCGAUGAGAUGGCCAGACAAGAAGGCAGAGAUGUUCAACUCGAAGAGGAGCCUGAUCUUCAAUUACCGUUUUUAUUGCCCGAAGAUGGAUACUCGUGUGAAAUUGUUUCGGGCAUUCCGUCGGGUCUAAUAGAAUUUGUCCAACCAAUGGUUCAGAUGGGACUCUGUCAGGUGACAGUUCAGCCGACAUCAUGCGGUGAUUGGACGAUAUAUAUGAUGUCUAUACAAAGUAGUCCUAAAAUUAGAGAACUACAUCCACCCAAUGUUGGACCCGAAACUCAAACUGAUAGUGGGCCUGGACCUACACAACCGCCAUCAAUGUCAACGGCACCCAUGUCUAUGACAUCAUCUUUACUUAUGACACAACCAACACUUGCUUCUUCUCAAGGACCACCGCCGCCACACUUACAAAUGCAAAUGGGUCCGCCAUCAACCCGUGGAUCCACUGCAUCAGCUUUUAGUGAGCCUGAAGUCCAACUGUUAAAACUACAGAAAAGCAAUAACGGUAUGGGAUUAAGCAUAGUUGCGGCCAGAGGUGUGACCCAAUCACAGGACCGGCUGGGCAUCUAUAUUAAAUCAGUGGUUAAGGGCGGUGCAGCUGAUUUGGACGGACGCUUGAAAGCGGGCGACCAAUUGCUAAAAGUGGACGGCAAUUCACUGAUAGGCAUAACCCAAGAACGUGCCGCUGAAUUAAUGACCCAAACCGGGCCAAUCGUAACACUGGAGGUCGCAAAACAGGGAGCAAUAUAUCACGGACUGGCAGGCAUUCUGGCACAACCCUCGCCAUCCAUAGCAAGAGGCUAUGGAAAUCCGCGUCGAAUGAGUGAACGCGAUAUACCGAGUCGAGUAAAUCACGAACAGGAGCUCCAGAUGCGGGCCCACAGAAACAAUAUGAAUGCCAGUGCACAACACCUACAGCACCAACAACAACAGUCCCGCAUACAGGCGUCCAAAAGUGUGCCAACACUUGUCGAUGGUGGCCCAAUGACCCAAUCUAACGGUGGUGUACCGCCUCCACCGUCUGUACUUCAACAGCACCGUCGCAUAGCCAAUGAAAUUCCGCCGCCCUAUUCAGGACCGCCAACGCACCCACAAUUCAAUUCAAUGCCAAAGUCUAUGUCCGAGUUUAACUCGGGGCGAACUAAUGAAAUGCGAAACUAUGGCACACAUCACCCGAUCGGCAACUAUAACACUAUCGGUGCUAACUAUAGUCCAUCCCGUCCCGACUCUCAACUUAGUAUUCAUUCACAACAGCGAAUGUCUCAAUCGCAACAACUGUAUCCCGAGGAACGACACUACCAGAACAUACAGUUAUACCAAAUAAAUCCCAAACCAUCUCCUAAUUCAGCCCCACAACGCAUACCGAUGCAUAGCUCUCAUCAAUCACUUCAAGCCGAUGGCCAACAGUAUGCUACGCAAAAUGCGAGACCAAUCUCUGCACACGUAGCUAUUCGUGAUAGCGAUCAAUAUAUCGGUCAAAUGCCAAACAGUCCGACUACGCCUACUUCUCCGCGACCGCCGUUAGGAAUGAAUCCCAAUAUGAUGACCACUGGCGAUCAUUUUCAAUACUCACAGCAACAAUACCCCAACCAAGGAAUGGGAGGCCGAGUGGACUAUAAUGAAACCCAGCCAAUUAUUGAGUACCCGUCACGAAACUAUCCGCCACCACAUCCACCGUAUGGCGACUCACGACAACGGGAUUUGAUGAGACAAGAGGCCAAAAUGGAUGAAAUUAGAGAGGAAGUUAAGCGACGGGAGGAUAGAACAUUACCGGGUGGUCCGUAUAUGAACUCGCAAUUGCGUGUUCCAGGAGGUCAGCCCAAUGGACAAUGGGCUCCUCCACCGCGCCAACAGCCAUAUUAUCCUUCACAGCAAAUGCCAAUGAAUGGAGGCUCACACAUGCGAAUGAUGCCUCCGCCACCACAACCCGCGCCCAAACCAAAAUCAUCGGCCGCACAAUUACUUCAAAAUUAUGGCCAAAAUAAUUCUUAUAAUCGUAACUCCUACCAACAGGAUGCCAUACCUCAACAACAACCCCCGCCUCCGCCGCCAAAUGUUAGCUAUCGAUACGGGCCAUCUGGUUAUCCACCUUCCCGUCAAUCGGAACCGUUGCGGUCACCAAACACUGGCUCUCAAAAGACGCCCUUUACUGACGCUCUGAAUAAUAGUCGAGUCAUAAAUAAUAAUAAUAAUAACGAUUUACGCAAAACUCAAUCGGGUGUUGUCAGUCCCUCUCCCUGGGAAAGGGAGGAAAAAGAACGGGCGAUUCAACAGCGACUCGAAGAGUCAAAACGAAAUAGAGAUGAAGAGAUCAAAUACUUGGAGGCGCUUCCGUAUCGGACGCCACAACACGAGGAAAGACUUAGAAAAUUGCUAAUUGAAAAAGAAUUUCAACGAAGAGCUGAUGAAAUGGGUGGCGAUGAAGAAGAAGAAGAAGAUGACGAAGUGUUGGACAGAGCGGAUAACAGAGAAAGAAUGUUAUCUAUGAAACAGGACAUCGAAAGGACACGACAGCGACGAGUUGAACGCGAACAGCAGCUUAAACAACAGCAGCAAAAUUUUAGACCUAAUCUUGAGGAAUGGGCUAAACGAACACAACUAAACAAUCAUAACAAUCAAUUGGAAGCACAAGAAGAAAGAUUGAGACAAUUAAGGUUAGAAGAGAACAGACGACAUCAGGAACUGGAAGCGGCACAGAUGGAGGAGGAAAAACUUAUACGAGAAGCUAAACGAAGACAGGAUGAAGAACUUCGUUAUAGAGGUUUUAUUCCGUCGUCAAAGACUCAGUCAUUUGCAUCACAAGUGGUCGACAAAUAUAGCAACGAAAUCCCGCCGCCAUUACCCAACUCUCCGCCACCACUUGAAGCGCCGCAACGACUCGACCGCUUACUGAUGACAACUUCGUCGGCCUACCAGUCAGUUCCGCCACCAAAGAGUGAAUAUAAUUCAACACUCGAUAAUUCGUCAAAAUAUCCGUCGGCACUACGCAAUGGCGAUCUUUCCGACAAUGCCAACCAUAUCCCCAAAAAGGUCUCGUGGAAUGACACGCCGGCCGAAGCCAUAGAAGACGAAGACACUGAGCGACUUGACACUGACGUAACAAACCAUCAAAAUAGCAGUUUUACAUUACAAGACAUUGACGAAGCAUUGGGCAACCAUUCCGAUGUUGCCGGAAACACACCCGGUGUGAUCGGUGCUCAAGAGGUCUACAAUGACCCCCGCCAGCGGAUAGAGGCCAGACGUUCCGCACAAAUUCAGAGGCCGGCUAUCAAACCGGAAAAACUGAGUUUUCAAGAGAAGAUGAAAAUGUUUGGAGAGGUCUCACAACAGGAGUCACUCAAGUCUAAGGUGAACAUCUCGAAAGCUCAGCGAGAGAUCGAAAAUGAUGGACAGCCUAGUGAUAGCAAUGGAACGACAGGAGGAACGGUAGAAGCGGUCUCUAUGAUCACCACUUCAUCGUAAAAAACUGCAAAUAAGAGAUUUUUUUGUUAGACAAAUAUUUUUAUUUUUUUAUAUUUAAUAGUUUUGUGUGUCGACUGUUGAUGUGUGUGUUAUAUUGUUAAUGAAAGAUGCAAUCAAUCGUAUCUAUUAAUUGCAAUGAAAUCAAAAAAAUUAUUGAUUAUUUUUAUGGACAAUGUUUAUGUAUAAAAACGUUA